CGCACGCCCCGCUUGAUGCUCGCCGUGUGCGCGCGGCACGGGCCCGCCAAGCUCCCGCUCCCGCCGCCCGCUGGCGACCGGGUCGCCGCAGGCAGGUGGUGGUGGUGGCGCCCCGCGGGAGCACGCCGUGGCCUCGUCGCGCGGGCGCCGUCAUUCAAUUCCCGGAUCGGGCUCGAUUCCCAGAAUUCCCACACAAGGGACUUGUCCCAGCUGCUGUGGGUCGGUCCGGUGCCCGGCGACAUCGCGGAGAUCGAGGCCUACUGCCGCAUAUUCCGGGCCGCGGAGCAGCUCCAGAACGCUGUCAUGUCGGCGCUCUGCGACCCAGAGACAGGCGAGUGCCCCGUGCGCUACGACGUGCCGUCGGAGGACCUGCCGGUGCUGGAGGACAAGGUUGCUGCCGUGCUCGGCUGCAUGCUGGCAUUGCUGAACCGGGGCAGGACAGAGGUGCUUGCGGGGCGGUCAGGCGUCGCGGGCGCCUUCCAGGGAUCUGAGCACAGCACGAUGGAUAGGAUCCCGCCGCUCGCCUUGUUCCGUGGGGAUAUGAAGCGGUGCUGCGAGAGCAUGCAGGUUGCGCUUUCUAGUUACCUUGUACCGAACGAGGCCCGGGGACUGGAUAUAUGGAUGAGGCUGCAGAGGCUGAAGAAUGCCUGCUACGAUGCGGGGUUCGCAAGGACCGAUAGCCACCCCUGUCCGACAUUGUUCGCAAACUGGUUUCCGGUGUACUUUUCAACCGUGCCAGAUGAUUCGGCGACAGAUGAGUUGGAGGUUGCAUUUUGGAGGGGAGGGCAAGUCAGUGUGGAGGGACUGGCAUGGUUGUUGGCCAAGGGGUUCAAAACUAUUGUUGAUCUCCGGGAGGAAGAUGUUAAAGAUGAUUUAUACCUUUCAGCAGUUGGGGAAGCUGUCUCAUCCGGAAAGAUAGAGGUGGUCAACAUGCCAGUUGAGAUCGGCACUGCUCCCUCUGCCGAACAAGUUCAGCAAUUUGCAGCACUUGUGUCAGAUGGAGCCAAGAAGCCCAUUUAUCUUCAUAGCAAGGAAGGGAUUGGCAGGGCGUCUGCAAUGGUCUCCAGAUGGAAGCAGUAUGCCACUCGUGCUGAGAGACUGGCUACUAAAAAGCGCUCACCGAAUGUGAAUGGUAAGGCCCUGAAGAACGAUCGGACAGAACAGCACACAAGCAGUGAAAACGGUGCACUAUUGGAGUCCGAUGGAACUGUGGAUGCUGGGGAAGCACGUGACACAGAAAUAGAAAUUUCACAUAAUAAUCUGGAAGUUACUAAUUCCCUUCCCAAUGAUCAAAGCACUGAACAAGGCGAGUUGCAUGGCAGCAGGACGGAACUUCUUUCUGAUUUUAAACUGGAGACUAGUCCCCUUAAGGCACAAUUUCCUUCUGGCAAUGUUUUCUCUAGAAAGGAGAUGACCAAUUUUUUUAGAAGCAAAAGGAUUUAUCCAAAAUCUGUUCUGAACUCUCGGAGACGAUCGAGUAGCUUAAUGAUCUCAAGGAGAAAGCAAAAUCUCAGAGCUGAACAGAAUGAAGCCAUUGAUUGUGAAGCAGCAGACAUGAUGGUUCUGAAAAACGCAAAUGGGACGUUAUUUGACAAUGAUUAUGUACUAUCAGUUUCUUCGGGGAUCACUAAUGGGAAGCUGUCAAACAAUGGAACAUCCACUUCUUCUGAGCAAAAGCAAAACCCAGCCUCUCUCCUAACUAUUGAUACAGGAGCAUCUAAUGGCAACAGCUCCAAUGGGAAUGCUCAGCUUGGAUCACAAAAACCAUCUGAAAAGAAUGGCGCUCCUUAUCUUGAGAGAUACCCAUCAGAUUCCGUUGAUGGAAGUAUUUGUGCCUCUUCAACUGGUGUUGUCCGAAUUCAAUCAAGAAGAAAAGCUGAGAUGUUUCUAGUACGUACAGAUGGAUUUUCUUGUACUAGAGAAAAAGUAACAGAAUCAUCUUUGGCUUUUACUCAUCCUAGCACCCAGCAACAGAUGCUUAUGUGGAAAUCUCCUCCAAAGACUGUUUUACUACUGAAGAAAUUAGGCGAUGAGCUCAUGGAAGAGGCUAAAGAGGUCGCUUCAUUUCUGCAUCAUCAAGAAAAGAUGAAUGUUCUUGUGGAGCCAGAUGUUCAUGAUGUAUUUGCAAGGAUUCCUGGUUAUGGUUUUGUGCAAACCUUUUAUACUCAAGACACCAGUGACCUUCAUGAGAGAGUUGAUUUUGUCACAUGCUUGGGUGGUGAUGGGGUCAUAUUGCACGCAUCAAACUUAUUUAGGACUUCUGUACCACCUGUUGUGUCAUUCAAUCUUGGAUCCCUUGGAUUUCUGACUUCACAUAUUUUCGAAGGUUUCAGACAAGACAUGAGAGCUGUCAUCCACGGGAACAAUACGCUUGGGGUUUAUAUAACCCUUAGAAUGCGCCUACGCUGUGUGAUCUUUCGAAAUGGAAAAGCAAUGCCUGGAAAAGUGUUUGAUGUGCUAAAUGAAGUUGUUGUUGAUCGGGGUUCUAAUCCAUAUCUUUCAAAAAUUGAAUGCUACGAGCAUAACCACCUUAUCACUAAGGUUCAAGGAGAUGGUGUGAUCGUAGCAACACCAACUGGCAGCACAGCAUACUCUACUGCUGCAGGGGGUUCAAUGGUCCAUCCAAAUGUCCCAUGUAUGCUGUUCACUCCAAUCUGCCCACAUUCACUGUCAUUUAGACCUGUCAUCCUUCCUGAUUCUGCACGGCUUGAAUUAAAGAUCCCAGAUGAUGCCAGAAGCAACGCUUGGGUGUCGUUCGAUGGCAAAAGACGGCAGCAGCUGUCACGAGGAGACUCGGUUCAUAUAUCCAUGAGUGAGCACCCGCUCCCGACAGUCAACAAAUCGGACCAAACCGGUGACUGGUUCCGCAGCUUGAUCAGAUGCCUGAACUGGAACGAGAGGCUGGACCAGAAGGCACUCUAGACACGUGGACACACGGACACGUCAUACAGACACAUACGAACCCUAGCAUUCUCUUGUACAUACAUAGCUCAAUACAUAGAUAACCUCAUGUUAGAACAUAGUUGAUCUCUUCUCUCUGUAGCAUAUGCAACAUUACAGGAGACAGGCAGCUCCAUGGCUUUUUGACCUGAUAGCAGACGAUGGUAAGAUUGAUAGUGUCUGUAACUAUCGGCUAUGUAAAUCAACAGUUAUUUCUGGGAGCAGCAGAAGAUGAUAGCGCAAGUGAUUCACCUGAUGCCACAUUGUAAUGAAUCCCUUUGAGGAACGGUGGCGGUAUAUACUGUAACUAAUGGCUAAA